AGAUUGCGCGGAGCUUGGUGCGUACGUGAGCCUUCUCGCCACGAGGUAUCGAGGAUCCAGGCGCGCGACUCAGAACUUCUAGUCCACCUCCGAUCCACCCCUGCCACGGAUCCGACUCCACGCGAGCAGCAAGCUCGGAAUUCGCCUCGCGCGCUUGGUCUCGGGCUCUCGGCCUUCCCCUACAAUAAAAGGAGACGCGUGGUGGUGGAACUCAUCGUCCACGCAACGCAAAGCAACGCCUCGUGCUCGAUCGCCCCGGUUCCCCCGCGAUCCCGAUCGACCCUCCAGCAGUACGUAGCAGCGACCACCGACGAAGACGACGACACCCAUGGCAUCAGAGAAGCAGCAGGUCUCAGGCGGCGGCGCGGCGCCGAUGUGCGCCAACGGCUGCGGCUUCUUCGGAAGCGCCGCGACCAAGAACAUGUGCUCCAAGUGCUACAAGGAACACAUGAUGAAGACCGCCGACGCCGCCACUCCGCCCGUCGCCGAGAAGAAGGCCGACGACGCGGUGCCAGCGCCGGCGCCGGAGGUGGAGGAGAGCGGCUCAUCCGCGGAGACGACGGAGGACUCCGCGGCGCCCGUCAUGUGCGCGAACGGGUGCAGCUUCUUCGGCUCCGCAGCGACCAAGAACCUGUGCUCCAGCUGCUACAGGGACCUCCUCAAGGCCGCCGCCGCCGGCCUCGCCGUGGCCGAGAAGAUCGAGGUCGCGCCCGAGCAGCCGGCGCCUGAGGCCUCCGCCACGGCCUCCUCUAGCGCGGCGACGGCGGCGAAGCCGGCGCGGAACAGGUGCACGUCGUGCAACAAGAAGGUCGGGCUGCUGGGGUUCGUCUGUCGCUGCGGCGGCACGUUCUGCUCACUGCACCGCUACACCGACGAGCACGCCUGCGACUUCGACUUCAGGACGGCGGGCCGCGAGCAGAUCGCCAAGAAGAACCCGCUCGUCGUGGCGCCCAAGAUCAACAAGAUCUGAUGCAGACGGAGACGACGAAUAGUCCGGGUCAGAUGGAGACGACGAGUACGUUGUGCAAGCCUGCAAGGCUGGGUAGCUAGUGAUGAUAGGUUUCAUUGUUUUCUCUUAGCUUCCAUGUUCUAGAAGUUAAAACCAUUCUUU